AUGAAAUGGCACCCAGAUAGACAUCUAGAUCCAGAGGAUAAAAAAGUUGCAGAAGAGAAAUUCAAGAUUGUGGUUGCAGCAUAUGAAGUUUUAUCAGAUGAAAAUAAAAGGAAAAUUUAUGAUUCCCAUGGUAUAGCAGCGUUAAAGGGAAACUGUAUAAUUCCCCCAGAGCCAUACGACGAAGAUGUAUAUGAAUUUCCUAGAUUCUCAUCUUAUGAUUCGCAAAUAGAUACGGUUGAAAUGUUCAAAAAAAUUAUAGAUCCAAUUAAGAACUUUUCAAUUAAGUCAGCCUUCAAUGAACGAUUUCAAAAGGCUUCAAAUUUUAUUAAUAACAUGAGCUCCAAGAUGAGGUCUUAUUCCACCCCAGGAAGUACAACAAGCACCAAUAUACAUAACACGCAUAAGUCAUACGAAGAGCCUCUUUUUGUAACAUUAGAAGAUUUAUUCCACGGAUGCCAAAAGAAACUAGAAAUUACCAGAAGAAGAUAUAAAGGACCCAUUUGCUAUGACGAUCACAAAUUGCUAACUAUAGAUAUAAAACCAGGAUUAGAUGACGGAACCAGAAUUAUAUGCUAUGGAGAUGGAGAUCAGCUAUCUCCGUGGCAACAACCGGGAAAUUUAAUUUUCAAAGUAACGACGAAAGACCAUAACAUAUAUAUCAGAGAUGGCAAUAAUCUCAUUUUUAGGUGUGUAUUAACCUUAGAACAAGUGUUAAGUGGCUUCCAAUUUGGGCUUUUAACCUUAGAUAAGAGAGAGCUAAUCAUACGUGUAGAUGAUUUUGUUACGCCAAAUUCUAGAAGAACAAUUCCCAACGAAGGAAUGCCUAUUUUAAAUAAUCCAUCAAAAAGGGGGAAUCUAAUAAUUGAGUUCGUAAUUCUGUUCCCCCCCGAUUUAAGCAACAGAGAACAGCUUGCUCUGAUAGAUAUUUUAAGUAAUAAAACAUGA